AUGGGUACACCAGAAUUUAUGGCCCCGGAAAUGUAUGAGGAACACUACGAUGAAUCUGUGGAUGUCUAUGCUUUUGGAAUGUGCAUGUUGGAAAUGGCUACCUCAGAAUACCCUUACUCAGAAUGCCAGAAUGCUGCUCAAAUUUACCGGAAAGUAACCUGUGGUAUAAAGCCAGCAAGUUUUGAGAAAGUUACUGAUCCUGAAAUUAAGGAGAUAAUUGGAGAGUGCAUUUGCAAAAAUAAAGAAGAAAGAUAUGAAAUUAAAGAUUUAUUAAGCCAUGCCUUUUUUGCUGAAGAUACUGGGGUAAGAGUGGAACUUGCAGAAGAAGACCAUGGUAGGAAAUCCUCUAUUGCCUUAAGACUCUGGGUAGAAGAUCCUAAGAAACUGAAAGGAAAACCCAAAGAUAAUGGAGCCAUUGAGUUUACUUUUGAUCUGGAGAAGGAAACUCCUGAUGAUGUUGCACAAGAAAUGAUUGACUCUGGAUUUUUUCAUGAAAACGAUCUCAAGAUAGUCGCAAAGUCAAUACGGGACAGAGUAGCGUUAAUACUAUGGAGGAGAGAGAGGAUUUGGCCUAGGAUGCAGUCGGAGGAACGUCGGGACUCUGAAUGUCUGGAGAAGUUGAAGACGCCGCAUGCGCAGCAGGUCCAGGUCACCUACCUUUCUCACACCGGUCACCAUGUCCUGUCGGAGUCAGAGGAGCCCGAGGCAGACCAGCAUCCCUUCCAGCAAAACCUGCCCACCAGCGCCACGUCCGUUGCAUCUGACAGCACAUUCGACAGUGGCCAGGGGUCCACUGUUUAUUCAGACUCCCAAAGCAGCCAGCAAAGUGUCAUCUACUCAUCUCUGCCUGAUCCCGUACCUCCUGCUAUCCAACGCGUGUAUAGCCCACCCCUGAGCGAGAGCCAGGCUGUGCCCCAUGGCCUUCAGCAGCUGGGGCACUACCAGCAGCCCUCAGGACCUGGCCUCCCCGCUGUUCAGCCUGCGCCCACAGUGGUCUCCCAGCUGCCCCAGCACUACCAGGAGCCAGCGAUGCCGUUCCCCGUCGUCCAGCCCACCACCUAAAAAACCAUGUCCUUCCGUCGUCCCCAGCCUAUAACCUUUCCUUCCUCAUCUUUUCUCUCCCAGCAGCAGCCCAUGUCCCAGCAAGCAUCCCUGCAGCAGGUGCUUGCCAGCCAACCGGUUUGCCCCCUCCAGCCCGCAGCCCACCUGCUGCCCCAGUACCAGCCCCAGCCCUCCCAGGUGGCGGCCAGCAGCACGCCGCUGAAGCCCCUGCAGAUCCCCGCCGUGCCGCAGCUUCCGCCGGUGGCCCCGUCCCAGAUUCCUCAGUUUCCUGUCAUUCCUGCAAUUACUCCUCUGGCAGGACUUGACAGCCUUCCUCCAAACCUCUCUGACAUACCUGCUGCCAACGUGCCCCCCAUCCCCGCUCCUUCUCAGUACUUUGCUCCGGCCGUGAUUUUGCCCAGCCUCCCCAUGAACCCCGCUCUGCCCAUGGCACCCAACUCCCCCGCCCUCCCCAUGCAGGCAGUCAACCUUGUGGCGCCGCGGUGAGUGCCAGCGUUGCCGCCGCGCCCCGGGGUGCCCCAGCUGCCCCAGCAGCAGAUGUACCAGGCCGCCUUCCAGCAGAUCAUGCCGAGCGAAGCGCCCUCGCCCCAUCCCACGCCGGGCGCGCAGGCGGUGCCCCAGCCUCCGCCGCUUCAGCCGGGCAUGGUCCAUCCUUCCGAGCAGCCUCUGCCCGCCAGGUAAUGCGCCGGCUGGGGGACUCAGCAGAUGCCUGGACACGCUCAGUAUGCUUUGGAAGCUGGAGCCCAGGUGCCCGUGCUGCCCGUGCAACCUUCGAUAGUCAUGUCACCGCCUUUGCAGUUGCAGCCCGAAGUGUUGCCUCCCCGCGUCGCUCCGGAAGGCGUUGCCCAGGUGCACGGCAGCCUUGCCACGGCUAGUCCGCCCGUCCCCAUAGAUCACUGCCUGCCUCUCCAGCCCUCUGCUCUGCUGCAGCCUCAGCCCGACCUGCCCCAGCCACUGGGUCAGCAGCUCCCAGCUCCCUGCUCCGCUCUCCAGGCAGUCGCAGAGACAUCUCAAGAGGAGCAGGCAAUACAGGACAAGCUUCAAACUCUGUCACAGAGCUGUGAAAGCUACAUGAGUCCAGACGUCGCGUCGGGUAAAGAGAUGAGUGACAGCUUUGAAGGAGCAAUAGGAAGUGGAAAACAAGAAGGAAAGUCUUCAAAGAAACAUAAGAAAUCUACGCGCGCCCGUUCGCGCCAGGAGAAGUCCAGCAGACCCAAACUGACCAUAUUAAAUGUUUGUAACACGGGCGACAAGAUGGUGGAGUGCCAGCUGGAAACACACAAUCACAAAAUGGUGACUUUUAAGUUUGAUUUGGACGGCGAUGCGCCAGAGGAGAUCGCUACUUACAUGGUGGAGAAUGAAUUCAUAUUGCCGAGUGAAAAAGAGACCUUUAUUGAACAAAUGAAAGAUAUUAUUGAUAAAGCAGAAGAUAUGCUUAGUGAAGAUACGGAAGGAGAGCGAAGUUCUGAUCAGGGAACGAGUCCCCAACAAGAUACCGAUAGACUGGAAAUGAACGAGGAGAAGCGUCAGUCGCAGAUGAAGACACCCGUGUACCAGCAAAAUGUUUUGCAUACUGGAAAAAGGUGGUUUAUUAUAUGUCCUGUUGUGGAAAACCCUGCUACUGACGCACCUGAAUUUUCUCCACCGGUACCUCAGAGCACUCAGCAGUUUGAAGGGCCAGACCCGGAGCAGCCGGACGAUCAGCAAGCGAGCUCGGCGGUGGCGGAG